AUGCCCCCUGGGUCUCCAUCGCCGCCCCUACUGCGCCUUCUCCUAGGCUCCGUCCUCGCGUACGCGCCUCUGGUCUCUGGUGACCUGAUGCUUUCCACCGUUGGCACCACAUCCUUUGGCUCUAUCCUCGAUGGACAGCUCAUGGGCCGGUGGGGAGGUACAUGCCGUGCAUCCUCGUCGGCUUCGUCCUGCGAACUCUCUGCGCAGGGUCUAAGCUCAUUUCAUUUUCAAAUACAACACCGGACUCGGCGCACUGACAAAGAGUCUCGUCGAGGAAGGCGCGGAGAUUGGACUGACGCUGCGGCCGACGCUGGCGGACACGUACGCCAGCAGCCGAAGCGAGGACCGAGUCGUGACGACAGGGCUGCGGAAAUUGGUAGGACCCUUGGCGGCGCAUUCGGGCUCGUUGUUUCGGGUGCCAUCCUGUCGAAUGCCCUUAGCCGCGACCUGACGCAGCGUGGAUACAUGGAUGAAAAGGAGGUGGCAAGUCUGACGAUCUCAAUGUAUGCGCCCGGCGUCGGGUUGCACCACAUUUCCAUAUUCUACAUGUACGCCGUCUGCGCUGCGCUGGCUUUGGCGCUGACUGCGGGCCAUGCGAGCCUGAAGGUCAAGGCCCUUCCUGCUGAGCAGCCAAAGACCCUGGAGGCAUCUGGCGACGAUGAGGUUGGAAGAACGAACAGGGCAGAGAGGGGAGAGGCUGAAGGUCAGGCUUGA